AUGCCAUUUCCUAGUUUCAUUAAUGUGUUGUCUGGAGCAUGGAAGAAGAUUAUCUCCAAGGUUUUACAUUUCCUUCUUUGUCAUCCAUUGCGAAGGCUGCCAGAGUCUUCCUUUUGGUGCGGCUGCGAAGAAGCAGCAGCAUCAUACCUCAAGCAUACCCUCCAUAGUCUUCUCAUGUUCUUUUAUAUUUUCAUCAUUCAAGUGCUGACUGUGAUCAUUGUGGAGGAUGAUAUGAAACUUGAUCCAUUUGACGAAUAUGGCUCACUCUGGACAGUAUUAUUGUAUUUCAUUCGAUUCACUCCAUUGUUAGCCUUGCCACAGUGUUUGUUUAAUUUCUUUGGUCUUACUUUGUAUAAUGCCUUUCCAACAAAAGUGAAGUUGACAUAUUCCCCACUCCAGUCUCCAUUCGUGGCUAUUAGGAUUGUCACUCGUGGUGAUUAUCCUGAUUUGGUGAGGCAGAAUGCAUUGCGUAAUUUAAGAACGUGCAAGGAUGUGGGCAUGGAAAACUUUGUGAUUGAAGUUAUUACGGACAAACCUAUUGGGUUACCUCUUAUGCCUCAUAUGAAGGAGGUGGUUGUGCCUUCUUCUUAUGAGUCAAGAACUGGGGCCAAAUUCAAAGCAAGAGCUUUGCAAUAUUGCCUGGAAGAUGGAGUGAACCAGUUGAAAGAUGACGAUUGGAUUGUUCACCUGGAUGAAGAAACUGUGGUCACUGCUAAUGCCAUGAGGGGAAUUCUCAAUUUCAUCCAUGAAGGAAGAGCUCAAUUUGGGCAGGGCUUGAUCACCUAUGCCAAUGAAGUUGUGGUGAAUUGGCUAACAACUCUGGCUGAUACUUUCAGAGUGGCAGAUGACAUGGGGAAAAUAAGAUUCCAGUUUCGUGCUUUUGAGAAGCCACUCUUUGGAUGGAAAGGGUCCUUUGUUGUGACUCAGGUGAAGGCUGAGCGUGAUGUCUCCUAUGACAAUGGGCUGAAUGGCUCAAUUGCAGAAGAUGCUUAUUUUGGCAUGAAAGCUAGUCAGCAGGGUUACAAAUUUGGCUUUAUUGAUGGAGAACUGUGGGAGAAGUCCCCAUUCACAUUGUGGGAUUUCCUUCAACAACGAAAGAGAUGGAUGCAGGGAAUUUAUCUUGUGGCACAUUGUCCACUGAUUUCCAUCAAGACGAAGAUAUUCAUGUGCAUUUCCAUAUAUUCAUGGUUAGCAGUACCAUUGAUCACAGUGAGUGGUCUGCUAUUUGCAUACUUCCCUGUUCCCUGCCCAGUGAUCAUCAACUGUGCUCUUUCCUUCUGCAUGGCAGUCUCCUCUUACAUGUAUGUUUUUGGGAUCAUGAAAUCCAUGAAUCGAAUGGGCAUUUGCCGCCUCAUUAUUUUUCUUCUUCUUGUGCCUCUCAUUAUUACCUUCAACUGCAUAAUUGAAAAUCUAGCUGUGAUCUGGGGAUAUUUUGGCAACAAGUACAAUUUCUACGUAGUCAAAAAGGAAGCAUUAAACCUGGUGCUGGGAGGACCUGAAGAAAUCUUCAUCCUCUGGUUGAUCAAUGCCAUUCUCCUGAAGCUGAUCAAGGAGUUCCCUGUAAUUGUAGUAACUGAAACUGAAAUGCAAAUUUACUGA